UUGCCGGCGCGGCAGACUGUGCGGAAGUUCUUUCAUCCUGCAGGCGGAGAAGAAGAAGAGGAAGAAGAAGAGGAAGAAGAGGGUUUCUCCUUCGUCUCAACUUUCCCCCUGAACACAACAAACCCUCCGCGGAGGAACCUUCACACCCCCCGGGGAUCCCUCCGCCGCCUGCUGCACCUCCUCCGCCGGCCUCCGGGACCCACGGGCGAUGGCGAGGCCGAGCCACAGCGAUCAUGUCCUCCAGCAGCUCAACAACCAGCGAGAGUGGGGCUUCCUGUGCGACUGCCUCAUCGCCAUCGGGGACAUCUACUUCAGAGCACACAAGGCCGUCCUGGCGGCCUGCAGCUCCUACUUCAGGAUGAUGUUCAUCCGGGACCAGCAGGGGGCGGGCCGUCUGGACCUCAGCAACAUGCAGAUCAGCGCCGAGUGCUUCGACCUCAUCCUGCAGCUCAUGUAUCUCGGACGCAUCGUCGUGGGGAGCUACGAGUUUGAGGAGCUCAAGGCGUCCAUGGCGUACCUGCAGAUGUACUACAUCCCCGACUCACUGGAGGAUCUCAGGGACAUCAGGAGCUCCAACCUCACCCCAUCCUCCUCAGCCUCCUCCUCCUCCAGUUCCUCCGCUGGACCGGCCGGAGGGAAGAUGAUGUUCGGAGUCCGCAUGUAUGAGAAGCAGAGACCCGCCGCCGCACCUGAAGUCGAGCGCUUACCAAAAGCUGUCAGCAGCACGGCUGUACGGCCAGCGGUUCCAGUGACUGUCAACAGACCGGCGGUGGCGGUGGCGGUGGCGGUGGCAGAGGAGGUGGUCAACGCUCCUCUGAUAGUGGCGCCGCCGGUGGUCGAUGGAGCAGCCGAGCAGCCGUGUGAUUUAAGGAAAAGGUCCAACACCAGGGGGUCAGCGCUAAAAGACCGUCCUCGAUUUGGCCGAACGUACACCUGCGACGACUGCGGCUUCGUGUUCAGCUGCGAGAAGCUUCUGAUCGAACACAUCCUGACGUGCACCAACAGGAAGGCUUUCCAUCAGCCGAGAGGAAGCGGGGACGGCGAUAACGACUCCAGUAAAGCAGAGAGCUCCACCUCAGAGAGCUUAGACGAACACAGAGCGAUGUGUAAAGGCGAGGACGACUGGUCCGGGGUCAAAGCAGACUCUGAUCUCAGUUUGAGGUCGGUGGCAGCAGGGACAGACGGCGAGCCGGGCUCAACCCGGAGCGUCUCCAUCAAGACAGAACCAGAGGAGAGCAUUUUCCCUGAGAUAGAAAUGGUCCGGGUAGGCGAGCACGCCGCCAGAGACUGCAGCGCACAUUUCAGUGAUGCCUCUCGUAAAGAUCUACGCAGAGAGAAAACUGGAUCUGAGCGCGAACCAGAGCCCAGCGUCUCAGGUAUGGAUAACAGCAGCGAGCCUUUCGAAGGACCAAUGUCCAGCAGUGAAGAUCUAGUGAUCCCUGCAAAGCUUCGUAAGGUCAAAGAGGAGAAACAGGAAGCAGACUCCACCCCUUGUGAACUUUGUGGGGAUCUGUUUACAGAGGAGGACAAGUCCGCCCACUACCUGUCCAACCACAUGGGUCAUAUAUGUGCCUGUGGGAGGUGUGGUCAGGUGCUGAUCAAAGGCCGCCAGCUACAGGAGCACGCAGAGCGCUGCGGCGAAUCCCAAGAUAGGGAAUCAGACUCUAACGGGGAGGACGAGGCGUCCCUACUGGAGGAGGCCCAAGGCAUGGAGGAGGGCCUGCUGGAUUCAGCUGACCUGGCCUGCUCUCACUGCGGUCUGUUGUUUCAGAACGAGAGCCUGGCGCUGGAGCACGCCUUGUCCUGCCACGACCAGGAGCUGUUUCGCCCGGUGCUGCUGGAGGAAGGCACUGAACCGGAUCACCGCCGGAAACACUUCUGCAGCAUCUGCGGGAAAGGCUUCUAUCAGCGCUGCCACCUGCGGGAGCACUACACCGUCCACACCAAGGAGAAGCAGUUCACCUGCCAGACCUGCGGGAAGCAGUUCCUACGGGAGCGCCAGCUCAGGCUGCACACCGACAUGCACAAAGGCAUGGCGCGCUACGUGUGCCCGGUCUGCGAUCAAGGAACCUUCCUCAAACACGACCACGUCAGACACAUGAUCUCCCACCUGUCGGCCGGGGAAACCAUCUGCCAGGUGUGUUUCCAGAUCUUUCCAGGUGGGGAGCAGCUGGAGAAACACAUGGAUGUUCACCUGUACAUCUGCGGCGUCUGCGGGGAGAAGUUCCGCCUCCGUAAAGACAUGAGGAGCCAUUACAACUCCAAGCACACCAAGAGACUAUAGGAGCGAUCCCAACCGUCCUCUGCAUUUAUACCAGUUUGUUACUAAAGCCAUAAAUGUGAGAACAAAUGUAUGCACUUAAACACCAAAAAACAACUUUUUAUUCUGCACUUUUUAAAUAUAUGCAUUACCUAAAGAAGCGUUCACACUGCGAGCAACAGGACUAUGGGUGGGAAUUUAAAGAUUUUAUCAAUGCCAAUGCCGAUUCUCCUUAUCAAUUCAAUUCCUUAUCAGUUCUCCUAACGAGUCCUGAGUAUUAUUUUGAGGCAGAAAAAAAGUAGUUCUACACAGUCUUCUGCACCAAAAGGAACCAUUUUAUUUUUUCCAAAAUGAUGUCUGCACAAGACUGAACAUGAACAUAUUCAACUUGAACAUACUGAACAAUAGGUUGACCUCAUUCACGGCCACGUGAGUCCGGACGUCGAGCCUGGAGGAAAAACGCUUUUCCUCCAGGGGUCAUUGCGGAGGUAUUUUACCCGCUCUCAAUGCCUCAUUUUCGGCCGCGUGAGUCCGGACGUGGGCCCUCGAGCCUGGAGGAAAAAACGCUUUUCGAUCCGGACGUGGCCCCCGGAGCCUUGAGGAAAAAUGCUUUUCCUCCAGGGGUCAUCAUGGAGGUAUUUUACCCGCUCUCAAUGCCUCAUUUUCGGCCACGUGAGUCCGGACGUGGCCCCCGGAGCCUUGAGGAAAAAUGCUUUUCCUCCAGGGGUCAUCGUGGAGGUAUUUUACCCACUCUCGGUGCCUCAUUUUUGGCCACGUGAGUCCGGACGUGGCCCCCAGAGCCUGGAGGAAAAACGUUUUUCCUCCAGGGGUCAUCGUGGAGGUGUUUUACCCACUCUCGGUGCCUCAUUCUCAGCCGCGUGAGUCCUGACUUGACCCCUCGAGCCCCCCUCAAUCGGGACAGAGCUGAAGAUAUUUGUCCAACCCCAAACCGACUUGACCCGACGGUCAUUAUUUUCAUUUUACACAUAUAAACGGGUUAAGGCUUUAAAAAAAUCCAGGUCAUUCAGGUUCGGACAUGUUCGGGCAGAAUUCUGUCAGGCUCGGGUCAGGUCUAACUUUUAAGGCCCGACUACAGCUCUAAUCGGGUAGGUAUUUUACCCGCUCUCGGUGCCUCAUUUUCGGCUUCAUGAGUCCGGACGAGGCCGGCGCCGUGCUGGGAAAUGAAUCAUUAAGAAGAAUCGAUAACCUUUGAGGUGUACAAUUCCGAUGUAAUUGAUCAAGUGGAACCGGUUCUAAGUCUGAUCCGGUUUUCCAUUCCCACCCCUGAACAGAACUGAUAGUCGGUUGCUCUGUUAUUAAUCUGAUGUGUGACAAUCUGCAGCUUUAAUUUGUCUCGACUUUGGCGAAGAGUCAAAAAAAGCAGAAACACGGAUAAUCAGGAUUUUAUACGACGUUUAUGAAACUGUGUUGGAAAAACAAUAUUUGUUGCCUUAGCGACCCGUCCACAGCCACUGUUUGAUGUUGACCCCUGCCGAAGCUAACCAGCUAAAGAGCUUACUAGAGGUUUAUUGUUAUUUAUGAAGAGGCGGAGAUUUUAUAUACAGAAGAUAUUCAGGUCAUUUUAAACACGGCGCAGUACGUGAGCCAAGAAACCCCAAAGAGAGAAAACUUACACUGAGAUGAAUGAUCGGAGGAACGCUGGUCAGCCAGAACCUUGUUCAAACUAACUUUGUGUCAUCAAACUUAUUAUCUGUUGCAACAAAUAGUUUUUGCACUAGAAUGUACCAGAAGUCAAGAUGGCGGACGGAAAGAGAGGAAAGUGUGGAUUGAACAGACUUUGAGACUCUUCAUGAACUCCUCCCGUUCACCUCCACUUGUUUGCGUCAUGAUCAUGUUGCUCUCAGUGUGAACGCAUGUAAAGACCGACCGUGAGGAGUCAGAAACAUAUACUGUAACCAGGCUGGUGGAUGGAGGCGGGGUUUGAACAACCUCGCUCCCACUCUUGUGACUCAAGUCAAGAGUUGAACCCUUCAGGAGACGCUCAGUGACCAGUCUGUCGGGUAGUCUGUCAGCGUUCCAGAGGGUCGUGAUGCCUCAGGCUUUGAGUCGCGUUUUCCCAGCUUUGAUACCGACUUAUUUCUCAGAAUACUAAAGUCUAAAGACGACACAUGCUCAGUCUGUUGUGUUCUUGGUAGUGAGCACAGUCAAUGGGAAAGGACUGGAUUCUGUUUGUUUUGGGGGUUUGAUAGCACACUGAUUCUUUUCCUUCAGCUCAGCUUUGCUUUCUCUGUGACCCUGUUUACACUUUGCAUUAAAGUAGGAUCUGGGGGAUCAGACCACAAGGGACAAGAAGCCUCAACGCUCAUCAAUGCAUGCUGGGAUACGACCUCACUCCACAUACGGAGGUGGUCUGGGAGGCGUGUCCGGUCCGUCUCCGUGCUGUCAUCAGAUGAUGAGAAAGCAGAACAACACAACACUAGAAGUGGUCAGGUCAUUGAAACCAGCACAGGGUUAGUGUGCCGGUCUGGACUAGAGUCAUGUUCAGAGCGUUUUCAAAGCUGCAUGAACGGAGCAUGUUGCCUUCUUCAUUUCCAUACCAGUUGAGCCAAUGGGAGGCCAGGACCAUUCUAACCUGGACUCCAGCCAUGCAUUUGAGUCCAUUUGAGUUUUAUCGCUAUCAAUAGAAACUAAAUGUUGGUGUGGGAAAUCACCAAAUUCACCAUUUUAUCCACCGACUCAGACCAGAGCAAACCAACUGAUGGUUCAAGAACUGAUGGUUCUCAACAAAACCAGCAGAGACUUUCCCCCAAACUCACUGAAUGGUUCUUACCAAACCAGCUGAAGACUGGUUCAAACCAACCAGAACAAGUAGAGAAGCAACUCAACCAAACAUAAAACCAGUUCAGAGUGUUCAGGAACCAGUUUAAGGUCUAGACAGGUUGGUUCAUAUACGUUUGGAAGUGCAGGGACCAGUUGGGAGACCUUUUACCAAACCGACCAUAAUCAGCUCAGAAUCAUCCACAACCAGCUUCAGACACAGAUAUCACAGAGGCAGUUUGGACUACACUAAAACCUUUUAAACAAGUUCAGACCAAAGCCAGAUAAUUCAGAACCAACUUGGUCCAGGUCCAAGCACUCGCCAGUUCAUAAGUAAGGUUGUUCAGUUUGAGGUUUUAAAGUUGGUCUGUUGCAGGUUCAUACGACGUCAGCUCGUCGCCUCUCCUUCCAUCAGAUGUUUUGACAAUCAAAGCUCAGACGCUGCUGCUGUGUUUACUUUCUUUAACGGAUCCACAAUCAGAGUCCAUCAGGGUCACGUGACCCGCAGAGAUCUGAAGACUGAAUCCAUGAGGCCAAAUGUUUCUGUCCGUGUCCGAUGGGUCCAACGUGUCCACAUGUGGAUUUAAUGCUGAAUAAAUGCUGCCUUAAACCAGUUCAAACUAAUCCACUUUAAUGAAGGGCACUUUAAUGCAGUGAGGUCACUUUAGGACAAAUCCAGAACAAGAUCACGGGAUCAGGACUACCCAUUGACGGUCAAGAACCAGUUGAGAAAGGUCCAGUACCGAGUGUACUCCUCUGUCUGGGAUGUAAACCAACAGAAACAGAUCAGGAACCAGAUCAGAGAAACUAAGCCGUAGGGGUCGACAGGUUAUGGGCCUUGGUGGAUUAUCGGGGCAGACAUUCAACAUUUAGUUGAACGUGUGUUACUUUUGGGAUUAUCUAGAUCCCAACAAUCAGGAUUAAUAAAGAAGUUGGUCCCAAUUUCCGAUUUAAAGCAGCUGAGGAUUCCCUAGUUUGCAUUGAUUUUGGCGCCCCCUGUGGACAAAGUAUGCAGCUCCAUUUAGAGGUCAGGAUAUUUGGUCUGUAUCAGGAUCAAGUUCAUCCAAACUACUCUACCUUUGAAACCAAGACAGAAAGAACUGGAUUACCUGGUGUUGGAUAGAAAAUACUGGAUUAAUGAAACUGGGUCUUCCUGAUCCAGAUUAGCUCUGUAGACUAAAACCCCUCUGCUGUGCUUCACUUUGUUGUCUUCUCUGGAGCCUCCGUUAGAUUGACUUCAGACGCUCGUAGAAGCGUAAUAAUGUUUCUGUUAAUGGUCACACGUCUGGGAGAUGAUGUCAGCGCUGGUUUCUGAUUGGUCCGUUUGUGUUCAGCUUCUUCUUCUUCUUCGUGUGUUCUGCUGGUUUCUGUUGCUCUGAAGCUUUUUAAGUCUUUGUGAAGUUUCAGGACGUCGCUCUGAUCUCUGAGGAAACACUCGCCUUUCUUUAGCACUCAAUAAACCAAGUGAAUUCUGUUUGUAA